AUGCGUGGGAUACAUUGGGUGACACAUGGACAGGAGUAUAAUAAGAACAGCCACACCAAAGCACAACAAGCCACACCAAAGCACAACAAGCCUCACCAAAGCACAACAAGCCACACCAAAGCACAACAAGCCACACCAAAGCACAACAAGCCACACCAAAGCACAACAAGCCACACCAAAGCACAACAAGCCACACCAAAGCACAACAAGCCACACCAAAGCACAACAAGCCACACCAAAGCACAACAAGCCACACCAAAGCACAACAAGCCACACCAAAGCACAACAAGCCACACCAAAGCACAAAUAAGCCACCCCAAAGCACAACAAGCCACACCAAAGCACAACAAGCCACACCAAAGCACAACAAGCCACACCAAAGCACAACAAGCCACACCAAAGCACAACAAGCCACACCAAAGCACAACAAGCCACACCAAAGCACAACAAGCCACACCAAAGCACAACAAGCCACACCAAAGCACAACAAGCCACACCAAAGCACAGGAAGCCACACCAAAGCACAACAAGCCACACCAAAGCACAACAAGCCACACCAAAGCACAGGAAGCCACACCAAAGCACAACAAGCCACACCAAAGCACAACAAGCCACACCAAAGCACAGGAAGCCCCACCAAAGCACAACAAGCCUCACCAAAGCACAACAAGCCACACCAAAGCACAACAAGCCACACCAAAGCACAACAAGCCACACCAAAGCACAACAAGCCACACCAAAGCACAGGAAGCCACACCAAAGCACAACAAGCCACACCAAAGCACAACAAGCCACACCAAAGCACAACAAGCCACACCAAAGCACAACAAGCCACACCAAAGCAUAACAAGCCACACCAAAGCACAACAAGCCUCACCAAAGCACAACGAAAGGUCAGACAAUUCACAGCACGUCACAGCAAGCCACAUCAAUAGCACAGCAACCCUCUGCAAGCCACAGGAACCCAGAACAAAGGCAGAGAAAGCUAGAGCAAGUCACAACAAGCAGCAGCAAGUCAAAGCAAGCCAGGAUGAAGGCAUGGCAGGCUACAGCAAAUCACAGAAACACAGAGCAAGCCACAAGCAACAGUGA